AUAAGAAUCGUUUGUUAAAAUAAAAUAAUUAUAUCAAUUUUAUUUCGAAAAUGACCUAUUUGUUGGGUAUGGAAGAUGAACCUAUCGGUAAAGACGAUAAUGCAAUAAUUAACUUUCAAGUCAACAAAGUUGGGGGAAAACCGAAUUGGGCAAGUGGAGACUACCCAAAUCCUGGUUGUAAAUUGUGCAACAGAAAGAUGUUACUUGCUGUUCAAAUUUAUGCACCUCUAGAUGAUUCCCCGAAUCACAGAACAUUAUACCAAUUUUGUUGCCUGGCUCCUCAAUGCCACAGCAAAAAGGAAGGAUGGAUUUGUUUACGGGAUGAAGUAGCUGAUACAUCUACCACUUUAACUUCUGCCAAAGUACAAACAGCAACUACAGCCUCAACCACAACUUGGAUUGAUGAUGCUGACGACUGGGGUGAUGACGAAAAUAUGGAGAGUGGCACUGGGACCCCCACCACUAUCAAUGACAGACCUGAUGAAGUUACUGUGCAUGAACUUGAAAUUGGCUCCCUAACAAUCCAGAACAUGGACAGUUCUAGCCCUGAACAUCCUGCACCAUCAAACAGUGCUGAUACUUGUGAUAAUAUGAUGAAUGUCCCUACAGCGGAAGUAGAAGGUGUUGAAGAAUCUGUUCUGUUAGAUGAUCUACCUCCUCAGCCAACUGUUGACAUCAGAACUUUCUUUGCACCUCCAUCUGCUCCUAUUCCCGAUUUUUCUGGCUCUGAAUUCUCAAGCUUUUAUCUCAAUGUGGUUGAAGAGCAAUACGCUGCUGUACUCUCCGAUCAAAAGUUGGACGAGCGAGCCAAACAACUUUGGGAAGAAUACCAACGCCGGGAAAAUUGCGACUUGAAACAAAUGCAGAAGAGCAGUAAAAGUACUCCAGGUCGAGUAGACGAAGUGUACGAGAAAGUUCCCCCUAGUCACGGCGAUCGAUUGGUACACAAGUUCGUCACUCAAGUGCAGGCCUGUCCCGAGCAGCUGAUCCGCUAUAAUCGUGGAGCAAGUAACCCACUUCUACUCAAGCAGCUCGCCAAAGAAGACCCGGUCCUUUUUAAGUGCCAACAUUGUAAUGCUACCCUUGUCUUCGAAAUGCAGCUGAUGCCCCAUCUUGGUCAACGCUUGACAAUAGAAGAUUCUGCAGCGCAAACGCCUGGCAUCGAAUUGGACACAGUUUUAAUCUAUUCUUGUUCUAAAAGUUGUUGGAACGGAGUUCCGCGUGAAGAAUACUUGAUUGUUCAAACGGAAAUAUAUUAAAGCCUUAUAGUUGACCAACA